UAUUGUCAUUUAUAAAAUCAAAAGUUGUAAUAUUUUGUCUUAAAAACCGAUCUCACUCUGUAGAUUCGUGAACUUUGAUAAUUGAAUUUAAAGGAAUUUUUGUUAGAUAUGGAAGAGAUAGUGAAAGAGCAACAGCCUGCUUCUGUUGGUUCUGCUGUUCCUGGGAAAUCAAAAUUAAGGUAUCCGUUGAGAUCGGCGACGAAGGUGAAAGAGGAGAAGACACCCGGCGGCGAAGUCUCCAAUCCUUCUGUUUCUAAGAGGGGAAGGACUCCGUCGAGUGUAAGUAAGAGUGUAGAUGUUCUUAAUCUUUCUGGUAAGGAAAGAUCAUCUGCUAAGCCACCCAGAAGGCUGUCUGUCCCUUCUAAGUCAGGGGUUGCUAUACAUACUAAAGCAGUUGGCACCAUAACCCCUAUAUCUGAGACCAGAGCAAAACGAUCGACUAAUGCUCAAGGGAAAAGUGAGACGCCUCUGUCUGAUGUUUCCAGAACUUCCAGCAGAAAGAAGUUUAAUGCACUGGCUUCAGCUUCUUAUUGGAUGACACAGAUUAAGCUCUCUGAAACGGCCGCUAAGCACUCUAUUUCGCUUGGAUUUUUCAAGCUUGCUCUAGAAGCUGGAUGCGAGCCUAUUCAACGAAUGAGGGAUGAGCUUAAAUCAUAUGUGCGUCGUCAUGAACUUAGUGAAAUUGGAGAAGCAGUGAAAGAAUUAUUUGAGAGCUACAAUAUAGUAGACAAUCAAGAGCAGGUGCAGGUUUCUGAAACUUGUUCUCAAAAUCUUGAAGAGGGAACUCGAUCUUCUGAUGAUGAAGUUCGCAGCUCAUCUUCUACAAUUGAAACUAGGAAACUGAAGCCUAGGUCAUUAAAUGCUGACACUCCACAAGUUACAUCUGGCACCGAGCCAUCUAAAAAAGAAAUUAUUCAGAAGAAUGCUUCUGCUAUCAGGACCAGGUCAACUCAGAACAAGAAUAUUGCUAAUUCGCCAUCAGUUAAAGAUAAUGCUGGUCGUAAUUCACAGAAGAAACCUCAAAGGCCAAAUACAUACAAGCAAGAAACUGGCAAGAAAACCGAAAAAAUGAAGAAACAAGGACAGAAAUCUGCUACAGAAGAAGAAGGUUCAGUUAGCCCUCCAAAAGCUGCCAUUACACCUGAAGAGGACAAAGAAAAUAUGAAUGAUCCGGCAAUGGAUGAGAUGAGCACGGUAGAAGUCUGUUAGUCUAUCAUGCAGCAAUCUACAAAGUCAUAUCAUUCUCAUACUCUUGUGGUGCUUGUCUUCAGUGUUUUUUGAAGUGGGGGCUUUUACUUUGUAUAGCAUAGAGUUACUUAUAUCUGGUGUGAAGUUAAGACAUAUUCAUUUGUUUUCUGUAUGCAUUUUGAAGUUUGUGGGUAUUGAUCAUACAAUUGGUAUUUCAUGAAUUAAUUACAGAUUAUUAUUUGGCUUA